AUGCUAACAUACCAUCCCUUCUUCCCUCGGAUCAGGUUCAUUCUCAUCGGAAUCAUCGUGUCCUACCUACCGCAACAUAUCCGAAUCAUUCGCCUGCGCUCGUCGUUCGGACUCUCGCCGUAUUUCGUGCUUCUCGGCACGACAAGUGGCACCUGCGCGUUCGCGAACAUUCUCGUCCUCCCCAAGAGUAGGGUAGAUAUCGGGUGUUGUCGCGUGGUCGAUGAAUUCGCCUGUCUGGCUGGUCUGUUGGGGAUAGCCCAAGUCGGGGUGCAAUGGAGUUGUUUUACAGUCAUUCUUCUCCUGUUCCUCAUCUUCUUCCCUCGACCUAAUGCGUCGGCGACCGAGACCACCUUCAGCAACGAUACAGACUCACUGAAAGACCAAGAGGAACUGGCACCCUCCUACCGCACUGCACUGGCCGUGACGGGGAUCUCGGUGGUGCACGCCCUCAUCAUCGCCAUCCUCAGCUUCUACUUCGUCUAUGCCCGCCCGGUCCAUGCGCAGGGGUGGGCGAAUUUCCUGGGCAUCUUCUCCACCGUGCUCGCCUCGAUCCAGUACUUCCCGCAGAUCUGCACCACCUUCCGCCUCAAGAGGGUCGGCAGUCUGAGUAUCCCCAUGAUGUGUAUCCAAACUCCCGGCAGUUUCGUCUGGGCCGCCAGUCUGGCGGCGCGGUUGGGCAAAGAAGGCUGGAGCGCGUGGGGGGUGUACGUCGUCACGGGAUGUUUGCAGGGCACGCUGCUCGUCAUGGGAAUUUAUUUCGAGAUUAUGCAUCGCAGAGGAGAAAGAAAGGAGUUACAGGCGAGAAUGGCCCAGGCCAAUGAUAGCAUGGAAAGCCAGGCCGAGGUCGAGGAUGAAGCCGAAGCCGAAGCCGAGCCGCCUCCGUAUCAUGUCUCGGAAGAGACUCCUUUGUUGAGGUCUGAAGGAGAUUGA